AUGGACGCAGAGGAAGUUAUGAAGCUCUUUGAUUCUUGCUGGUUCGAGUCCGAAAUCCUCAAGAAACUGCCGAAUCGGUCGAAUUCAUCGAGUUGUAAAGCAAACCCAGAUCACCAAAUUGAAGAUAAACCAUCAAAAACAAAGAUUUCACGCAUCCCGACCCUCCAUACAAGGUCCAUGAGUGACCAGUUGAGCUCCAAAACAAGCUUCAACUCCGGUGCUCUGUCUCCGGACUCGGUCCUUCUCACCGGCAAACUCCACACCAUCCAUUCAGGUAAAGAAAUGACAGAAUUAUCAGAGAAACCAAAACCGGCAGAUUUCCAAGUAUCGUCCAGGAAGAAGAUCAGAAGGGGAAAAGGCGAAAGCAAGAGCUUGUCUGACCUUCAGUUUCAGGAGCUAAAAGGGUUUAUGGAUCUGGGGUUUGUUUUCUCCGAUGAAGAUCUGAAUAAUCCAAGCUUGGCUUCAAUCCUUCCCGGGUUGAAUAGAUUCGGCAAGAAAGAGGGGGAAGAAGAGGCUAUUGAUGAGUCUGCAAUUCCAAGGCCUUAUCUUUCUGAAGCUUGGGAGGUUUUGGAUAGGAGAAGGGGAGAGAACCCAUUGAUGAAUUGGAGAAUUCCUGCUUUUAGCAAUGAGAUUAAAAUGAAAGAUAGUCUAAGAUCGUGGGCUCAUACUGUUGCUUCUACUGUUAGAUGA